AAUAAACGAGAGAGAGAGGGGAAUAGAGUAGAGCUGUGUUAUAUAGCUUGCCCUGGCUGUAUUGAUUUGGAUGCCAGAGACUGCGAUAGAGAGAGAGAGAGAAGUGGAGACACUUUUUCAGAUGGUCUCUUUGAUACACAAACAUAGGGGAACAGGAGAGAGAACUGGACAGUGUCUAUCUGUGAAACAGUGAGAGAGAGAGAAAAAACAAGAGAAGAACUGCAGAAGCCAACUCUGAUUGGAAGAAGAGUGUUUGUGAGAGACAGAGGCAAGCUGCGAGAAAUGAUGUGAGCGAUGAAGAAGAAGACAGACACGGACUCUCAUCUUUUGACUGGUGGGACCUGGAUUGCGGAAAGCAAAUUCUGCAGGAUGCAUUUCUGUUUUUAACCCUCAAUACUCCUUCUGGAUGGAUUUGAUGUGGUUUAUGAAGUACAGAGGAAGACAAAAACUGUGUUUUGGAUGCUGAACUAUGUGAUUAAUUGAUGUGAUAUGAAUUAGUGAUGUGUUUUAAUUGGUCUUGCGGACCAAAGCUCCCUUUGGAUUCAAGAAACUUGAAAUGAAUACAAAGACGAGACAGAGGGGAGGAGACGAUCAAUGAUAAAUUGAAUGGAAGAAUUCGUUACGCUCAGUGUGGUGGCUGUAGAAAUAGAAAUCCUGCGUUUUUAUGUAGAGAAACCAAUCAUCUUUUGAUUGUUAUUUUGCUAUUUUUGUAUGUUGGUGGCGAGAAUGAUGCUCGUUGUGCUUUGCCCUGCACUUGCCCCGCCCCCAACCACACCUGUCCGUGCCUUGACCCCGCCCUCUUCUGAUCAUGCAAGUGUUGCAGAUUGUUAAGGAGCUGGUGUCGCCCUCCCGCCGCCGCGCCAGUGGCCGUUUUGCAGCGUCUAAUUCAGAGCAGGAUGCUGCAGUGAAGUUGGAACAGGAGCGAGCUGAGAUACUCGCCAAAUAUGACAAGGGUAAAGAAAGUGCGGAGGUGGAGCCGUGGGAGGAGGCCAAUUUUGAUCUGUAUAAAGCGGUGGACCGCUUCGGAUUCCUGCAUGAGGAGGAGCUUCCAGUGUAUGACAGGAAUGUAGUGGAGGAAAAGCAUAAACAUCUGGAAUUGGAGAGAACAACAAAAUGGCUGAAAAUGUUGAAAAGCUGGGAGAAAUACAAGACCAGCGACAAGCUGGCGAGAAGGAUCUAUAAGGGAAUUCCACUGCAGCUCAGAGGUCAAGUUUGGUGUCUGCUGCUCGACGUCCCCAAAAUCAAGGAGGAGAAGAAGGACUUCUACGAGAAACUGAAGAUCAGAGCGAGGGGGUUGUCUCCGGAUGUCCGUCAGAUUGAUCUGGAUGUGAAUCGUACAUAUAGAGAUCACAUCAUGUUCAUGCACCGUUAUGAUGUCAAACAGCAGGAUCUGUUUCAUGUGCUCACCGCGUACUCCGUUUAUAACACGGAGGUGGGUUAUUGUCAGGGCAUGAGUCAGAUCACUGCUCUGUUACUCAUCUAUAUGAAUGAGGAAGAUGCUUUCUGGGCACUGGUUAAGCUGCUGUCUGGACAGAGACAUAACAUGCACGGUUUCUUCAUACCAGGGUUCCCUAAACUCAUGCGCUUUCAGGAGCAUCAUGAUCGCAUCCUGCAGAAGAUGAUGCCUAAACUCAAACAACAUCUAGAUAACCAAGAGGUGUUCACCAGCCUGUAUACAAUGAAAUGGUUCUUUCAGUGUUUCUUGGAUCGGACUCCGUUCACGCUCACGCUGAGAAUAUGGGACAUUUAUAUUUUGGAAGGAGAGCGAGUUCUGACUGCAAUGUCCUACACCAUCCUCAAACUACACAAAAAGACCCUCUUGAAGUUGUCUAUGGAGGAUCUGGUGAAGUUUCUGCAGGUGACUCUGUCAAAAGAUUUCUGUUUUGAGGACGACUUUGUGAUAGAGCAGCUUCAAAACUCCAUGUCUGAGCUCAGACGAUCUAAAUUGGAGCUGCCACCUCCAGGUAAGGAGGACGAGUUUCCUAAGAAAAAAUUAGGUCAACUUCCCCCUGAGCCUCCAGGAUCGGCGACAGGAACAACCAAUCACGUGGCUAACGGGCAGCCGUUCGGGCCGACGUUCGCGGGUCUCCCCCCUCGUGGUCCGAGCCCUGCCGCGAGCACCGGUAAACGAGCAGAGUCUGGUCCCAUCGCCGAUGGAACACCCGGCUCACCGGACAAGAGCGAGAGGGACGCACGGGGUGUGGAAACUCAAAAGGAAAGAGUCCCAACCCACGUGCCAAACAGCGGCGCGAGAGUCGGUGGGAAGGCGUCGAGCCAGAACCAGCCAAAUCACACCUCCAACACUAGAUCCAGCACGCGCAAGGAAACGGGACCUCGCUGGGUCAAGCCUUCCGAGGGCAGACUGGAAGCGGUCAAGGCCGCAGCGAUUCGGGAAAGCCAGUCGAGUCUAAAUACGGGCGUUCCGCCCUCGCCCAGCUCCCUUACUCCAGAGGAAGCCUCAGGGGCACAGCGCCGACCCCAUUCUCGUACGUUCGCCUCGGGCUCCAACCGCGCUUCCAACGCCUCGCAAUACGACAACGUCCCGGGACCAGACGGAGAGGUGAUGGAAAUCAUAGAGCUGGAGAAACCACCGUCUCGCCCCCCAUCCCGACCACACGCCGGACCUUCUUUUAGAGGCAGUCCCACCCGUUCUCCCAGCGGUGCGACUGGGGUUUCUCCCUUUAGAAUGGCCAAACAGAGCACGACGCAAUCCAAGCCAGAACCUCGCGCACCUCUGCACUAUCCACCUGGCAUGACGCCCGUCUACACCACCUACUUUUCGGAUUCUCGGCCAGAGGACAGACUGUACGCGACUACGGGACGUGGCUCAUCUAACCCGUCGCCUGAGAAAAGUCUGACGAACAGCAGCUACUUAACCUACCGACGGACUCCGCCGAACGUUCCCCCGCUCAGGGUCGCUCCGGCCGAGACGUCUUUCCAGUUCGACGGCGUGGGCGGGUAUUACGUGAGGCGGCCCACCCGACUGGGGUCUCCCGCUCACCCGCCCACAGAACCGCGUUACGAGGGACACAGACAGAGAGAGGGCUGGUACGGGCACACGGAGGCAGGGCCUCCGCGAUCUCCCGUGGGACUACCUCGAUCUCCCAGCUUCCAGAAGGCUCAGCUCUCUCCCGUUCACCCGGUUCAGGAGUUUAACUUUGCACCCGCAAAUAUCUCGGACGCCGCGCUCCAUUUCAGAGGACACUACCAAGAGCACUCCAGCAGGCAACAGCUCCCCCCGCUGUUCGGAGGAGCACACUACAGGCAGGCACAGGAGGCCUUCGCAAUGCAGGAGUCCAUGCUGCUCUGAGAGGGACACACUGUAUGAGUUAUGGCUCGCGAGAAGUUUACCGUUGGCUUAAUGCUUUUGCAUUUUGUUUGUUCGUUCGUUCGUUCGUUCACUUUGUCUGGCAUGUCUUACUUAGCGAGAGUUGCCAGUUUCAGGCAUUUGUACUGAUCAAAGACUGACUGAAGAAUUUGACUUUUGUUUUUGCCCGUAAAAAAUAAUCUUUAACUGCCGACGUGAGUUGUAUAACAGAGCUUAAAUGUGCAAAGAGAGAUUGUUGUUGUUUUGUCGAAUUAGUACACUGAGAUAUUUAAAUGGAGGGUUAAAGACAGACUCAGUUACUGAUCUAUUAUCAUCUAUUUUUUUAACGCAAUCCAAACAUAAACACAUACUCUAGAGGACAAUUGAUUCCUUGAUUGUGAAUAUAUAUUUUUAAGAACAAAGAUUUGUGUAGCUUAGAUAUGGAUAAUGAUGAACAACUGAAACAGUGAACAUAAUGGCUGUUGUAUCACUACACAGUGUUGAAAUGAAAGAAAAAACCUUGUUUGGAAGGCUCGUUUUUGACGACAUAUAUAAAAAUGGCAGAUAUUUAACUUGAAAUGAAAAGGGAUAUGUGCAUUUGCAAAAUCUGAUCAGCAAUUAGAUCUUAUAAUGUCAGUUCAUCAAGGUUAAAACAUCAAAUAACGGAUCAAACCGAUUGAUAUUUGAGUUUGUUCAAAUCCAUCAACAGAUGACUUUCGGCGGUCAAAGCGGUUUGAUUUAUCCAAAUCCAUCCAAGAAAUGUCUGUGAUGCACAGUGCAAGUUAUACAGUUUAGUUACAGAAAACUGUUCAAUAAUACGGCUGCUAGUUGGUCGUGGCAUGCGGCUGCUGUGUUAAGUUGGUUGUACCUGUGCUGUUACUCAGUGGAAUUAGAAAGAAUGGACCUUUUUUCUAGCAGCAAGAAUUGGACUGAAGCACAGGUUUUACACAUUAUAACACAAUGAACUCACAGAUGUAUUGAUCUUUUUUCAAGUCGUCUGUACCAUUUCCUAAUCUUAUUCAGGAAACUACAGUAGAUUAGGCUGCUAACCCACUAACCUGUUUUUGAGUGAAUCAUGGCAACACUACCAACUCAUUUGACAUUGAUUUGAAUAUUACACACCAGUAUAUUUGCUACUGAAUAAGCAGAUGGAUUAUGUCAUACUGUAAUAUACCAGGCCAAACAGCUUUCAAGAAAACACUCCAUCUGCUAUCAUACAUAAUUAAAGAAUAUAUUUUGUACGUGUUGUUCGUGGACAAGCAAACUAAUUUAUUAUCUGCUGUAGGCCCCAAUUGUUUCCUUCUCCCAUGCUUGUCUUUUCAGUAUAUAAACUGGUUUAGCGCAUUUCGUUUUGACACAGCAUUCCAGCCGUCUUAAAAAGUGAAACUACUAAUUGCAAGUUGAUGAUCAGAUUCCCCUUCUCUAAUAAAACAACAUGGGGUGAUGUAAAAAA